ACGAGUGUCUGUAUAUAUAUAUUGUCUGCCUGCCCAAACUCCGGCGUUCCGUGGGCGACCCAACAGCGAGAACCUAAUCAGAGUUCAUCAAGCUUCGAAAUUUCUUAUUUAUUCCAAAUAUCUGCUGGAAGAAAUCUCGAUUUCACUAAUCAUUUGAACUUCUGGCCGAUUGAUUCGAGAGAAGGAAUAUUCAAGAACAAAAAUCAUGGGGAGAGGGAAAGGAGAAGCUGCGAGAGCCAAGUCUCGCCCUUCAAGCAGUAGUAUGGCUGCUUCACUGUUGCCGUCGGGUGCCACCGCGGUGGGUUUCGGAGGUUAUAUUGGGAGUUCACGCGUGGAUUCUUCGCUGCCUUCUACUCCGGAGGCCUCUCCUUUUUUGGAAAUUGAUGGUGAAGUGGCACUGCACUUGAAGCGGCUUUCGCGGAAAGAUCCCAUAACCAAGCUUAAGGCUCUGACAUCACUUUCUCAACUUAUUAAGCAAAAACCUGCAAAAGAAGUAACAAUAAUCAUUCCUCAAUGGGCAUUUGAGUACAAGAAGCUACUGCUGGACUACAACAGGGAAGUUCGACGGGCAACUCAUGAUACCAUGACUAACAUUGUCACUGCUAUUGGAAGAGAACUGGCACCACAUAUGAAAUUGCUAAUGGGACCAUGGUGGUUUUCACAAUUUGAUUCAGUAUACGAAGUUUCUCAAGCUGCUAAGCGAUCAUUUCAGAGUGCCUUCCCAGCCAAAGAGAGAAGAGUGGAUGCGCUGAUGAUAUAUGCAAUCGAAAUAUUUACAUACAUAGAAGAAAAUUUAAAACUAACUCCACAAAGUUUGUCAGAUAAAGCAACUGCAAGUGAUGAAUUGGAAGAAAUGCAUCAACAGGUGAUUUCUUCAUCUUUACGUGCACUAGCAGCAAUUCUUGAUGCCUUCUUUUCCCUGCGUUCUGAAAGGUCUGGUUCUGAAAAUGUAUCUGAUGAUUCCAAGCAUGCUGUGAAAGCCCGGACUGCUGCUGUUUCUACUGCAGAGAAAUUACUUUCCACCCACAAAUAUUUUAUUAAUUUUCUGAAGUCUCAAAGCGUAGCUAUUCGCUCUGCUGCGUAUUCGGUAGUGGGAAGCUUUGUUAAAAACAUUCCACAUGUUAUCAGUAAGGGAGAUAUGAAAGAGCUUGCUGUUGCAAUACUGGGAUCAUUCCAGGAAAAGAAUCCAGGAUGCCAUUCAUCCAUGUGGGAAACUUUGUUACUUUUUUCAAAAAGAUUUCCAGACAGUUGGACUAUGGUGAAUUUGCAUAAAACCGUUCUAGGUCGGUUAUGGAAUUUUCUUAGGAAUGGAUGUUUUGGAUCUCAGCAGUUGUCAUAUCCAGCUUUAGUUUUAUUUUUAGAAACAAUGCCCUCGAAAGUUAUCUCUGGGGAGAUAUUUUUGGAGUUUUUUGAAAGCCUUUGGGAAGGGAGAAAGUUUUCUUACUCUUCACAUGCUGACCAGUUAGCAUUUUUCUGUGCAAUAGAAGAGUGUUUCAUCUGGUGCUUGGCUAAUGUGUCCAGAUAUUGUGAUGAAGAUACCAUCUACGACUCCCAGCGUAGCCUUGUUGAUAAAAUACUAAUAAGGCUUCUGUGGCCUGAGUUUAUAUUGUCUGCCAGCUCAAAAUACGAAGAUACCUUUUCAUUUCAUGCUUUUGGUCAAUCAAAGAAGAUCAUCGAACCUACUCUUGAGGAACCAAGUGAAACAGCAAUCACUAAGCAUUCAGUGGAUUACAGAAAUCUUGGGAAAUGCAUCAUAAGAAUACUUUCUGGGAUUCAUCAACUAAACUAUGACCUGUUUUUGGUUUUCUCUAUGAAAUUUAAAACAGAUUAUUUGGAUUUGUUUCAGCAAACAGAACAUUCUCAAAAUGUGCAGUGGGUGGUCAGAUUUCUUUCUUUGCUGGACAAGCAUGCUCUGCUGAAAGGAGAGACAUGGCCUUUACUUAACUUGAUGGGGCCCACAUUAAAGAAGUCCUUCCCAUUAAUUGAAACACUAGACUCACCAGAUGCAGUAAGGGUUAUUGUUGUUUCUGUUGCAACAUUUGGAGCUCGCAAAAUAAUGCAAGAACUUAUGAGUAUUGAUUCAGGGACGGAACAAUUCUUGAAAUCCUUCAAUGAAGUGAUCAUCCCCUUGUGCUUGAGACAUUGUAUUGCCUCAAUGACUGCUAGACUGGAUCUCUUGCUGGCUUUACUCGAUGAUCAGUGCUUCCCAGAACAGUGGGAUGCAAUUAUUAGAUACCUAGUGAAUCGAGAAAAGGUUAGCUUUGAUCCCAAGAACAUGGAUAGAAACAAAAUUUUCAUCUUGGCUACUUUGAUGGAGAAGGUCAGGGAAAUGACUUGGAAGAGCAUUCAUCAGUUUGGUUCAUGUAAAUACGACUGGCAUCAUGAGCUUUUAGACUUGGUUUCUGCACAUGUUGUGCAAGUCUUUCCUCGAUUUGGAGAACCUGAUACCCAAUUAUUAUGUGCUCUCCUUGGUGGAAGAUCUGAAGAUGAUAAAAUUUCCUUCCUAUCAGAGAAAACAAUUGUUCUGAUAUUUGAGGAACUUCUUAGGAGGCUCAUGUCCAUCUUUGCAUGUUCCACAUUUGCUUGGGUUCAAGAUAAAGUUGCUUUAUUUGCUAGGGGCGAAAGUUAUUCUAGUAAGAGGUUCGAAUCCUCUAAUAAUAUACAGGAUGGUGCUCAUUUUGCUAUAGACAUUCUCAAUGGCAGCACCUUUUGCCUGCAUACUAUUGAAGCUGAAAAUGAAUUGAUUCAAGGCAUAUUAUCAGCAGUAAUUAUAAUUGAUUGGGAAUUCAAUUGUAUGAAUUUUUUGAAGGAUGGGCUUAAUAAUGAGCAGAUGAGGCAACUUGAGGCUAGGGUUACCUUUUUUAAAGCUGUUCAUGCUUUCCACUGCAAACUCUCUGAGCAGUUCUUGAAAUGUUUUGGCACAAACAUCCGAAGGAGUUUAAGGAUUACUUUAGUUCAGUCUGUAAAAUGCAUUGCAUGCGAGGAUGAUAGAUUUGAUUUGGAAAACUUGAUAUCAGCUUGUUGCCAAUGGACAAUAGAUGUGCUUGAACUUUUCUGUCAAGAUCAAGAGGAGGAACAGCAAUUAAUGGAUCAAUUCCUUAGCAGGACUGAGUCGUGGCCUUUGUGCAUCCCACCUGAAAUGAUGGGUGCCAGAUUGGAAAAUAUCUCUCUCCACGGACCAAAUAACACCAAGUUUGUUGCUUUAAUCAACAAACUUAUAUCUAAAAUUGGAUUUGAUCGUGUAGUGGCUGGUGUUAUUAAGCCUGAAUCAGCUUCUGGAGAUAAUCCUUUAAUGAACUUGACAAUCAGCCAAAUUCAUUAUUCUCGUCCUUGGCUUGCUGCUGAAAUAAUGUGCACAUGGAAAUGGCUUGGUGGCGACGUAUUGCACUCUUUUUUACCUUCUUUCCUUAGCUAUGUAAAGAAAGGAGAUGCUGCCUUUUUAAAUUCCAUAUUGAACAUUUUGCUUGAUGGUGCUCUUGUCCGUGGAGCUAAUGCUGGAUUAAAUUUCCUGUGGCAUGCUACACUUGAUGAGUUAGAUGCUAUCGAAUCACCCUUUCUGAGAGCUCUCACUUGUUUACUGUCUGCUAUUUUUCAAGAAAAUGUAUGGGGAAGUGAGGAAGCUAACUCGCUCUUUAUAUUGCUUCUAGACAAACUAUAUAUCGGUGAUACUGCAAACUCAAAUUGUUUGAGUGUUCUUCCGUGCAUCAUGAAUGUCCUUGUCAGACCCUUGAGCACUGGAUUUGGUGACUGCACAAAUGAUCAAUGUGAUACUUAUAGCCAAAGUGAAUUGCAUCAUGCUACACUGGACUGGCUUAAGAAAGCACUAUCUUUUCCUCCACUGAAUACAUGGCAAACUGGAGAAGAUAUGGAGGACUGGCUUAACUUGGUUGUAUCCUGUUUCCCUUUAGAAGUUUCAAAAUCAAUGCAAGAUAUAAAACCAGAGAGGUUUAUCUCUCCUACAGAGAGAACCACUCUGUAUGAGCUACUUCGGAAACAGAGGCAAGCUUCAUCAGCAAUAGUGAAUAAGCUUCCAGUGGUGCAGAAACUGUUAUCAGAAUUGUCAGUUAUUUCAAUUGCUUAUUGCUGGGAAGAAUUUGAUGAUGAUGAUUGGAAGUUUGUCUUGCAUCAACUAAGGUUUUGGAUUGAAGCAGCAGUUGUUAUGAUGGAAGAGUUUGUCGAAAAUGUCAAUGAUACUUUGAAGAAUGAGCCGGAUGAUGUUAAUGUAUCAUUAAGUAAACUUAGGGAUAUUAUUGAGUUGAGUGAUCCUUUUAACAUGGAACUUGCCAGAAAUGGUCUCAUUGGAUUCUCCUUGUUUUGUUCCCUUGGAUUCCAGGCUAAGGAACAUGCUGAAAAUUUAAAUUCUCUUGGAAAUGAGAAGUGGGUAAUCAUCUCAGAUCGUAUUUUCGAAGGUAUCCUGCGUUUGUUUUUUUGUACUGCUGUUGCAGAAGCAAUAGCAAGUUCAUGUUGUCAUGAAGCUUCAUCGAUUAUUGCAUCGUCAAGGUUAAAUCAUCAUGAGUUCUGGGAGUUGGUUGGUUCAUGCGUUGUUCUGUCAAGUUUACAUGCAAGAGACAAAGCUAUGAAGUCAAUUGAGAUUUGGGGGCUAAGUAAAGGAGCUGUCAGUUCUCUUUUUACAUUACUCUUUUCUUGCAAACCACUUUCACUACUGCAGCUGGCAGCUUUUGCUCUACUAUCCACAGACCCUGUUGCGCAAAGUGCUUUUUCAUGUGACAAUGAUGGAAUGUUGGAUCAUAGUUCUUCCAAUAAUUCAGAUUCUUUUGAUACAUCGUCAGCAGAAAAGUUUAAACUGAGGGAAGAAAUUUCUCACAAACUUGAAAAAGUACCUCUUAAUGUUCUUGAAAUGGAUUUGGUGGCACAUGAAAGGGUGAACCUGCUAGUUGCUUGGUCUUUGCUGUUAUCUCAUACAGUAUCAUUGCCUUCGUCAUCCAAAGAAAGGGAGAGAAUCACUCAGUAUGUGCAAGAUUCUGCUGAUUCCAUAAUACUGGAUUGUCUAUUCCAACAUAUUCCCUUGGAGCAUUACAUGGGCACCAGCUCAAGAAAGAAAGAUAUGGAACUUCCUUCUGAAGUGGCAGCAGCAGGAAAUGCUGCAACUCGAGCUAUCACAACCAGGUCAUUGUUGUUUUCAGUUGAGGUGCUUUGGCCUGUCGGACCUGAGAAACUGGCUUCACUUUCCGGUGCAGUACUAGGACUAAUGCUUUACAGCCUUCCUGCCUAUGUUCGAGGGUGGUUUAGUGAUGUUCGGGACCGUUCUGCAUUGUCUGCCAUUGAAUCUUUCACAAAAGCAUGGUGCAGCCCAGUAUUGAUAUCAAAUGAAUUAUCACAGAUCAAGAAAGCUAGUUUUGCUGAUGAUAACUUUUCCAUCUCUGUGAGCAAAUCAGCUAAUGAGGUAGUGGCCACCUAUACAAAAGACGAGACAGGAAUGGAUUUGGUAAUACGCCUUCCCCCUUCUUACCCUCUGAGGCUUGUGGACGUAGAAUCCACCAAGAGCCUUGGCAUCAGUGAGGUGAAGCAAAGGAAAUGGUUAAUGUCAUUGAUGGCAUUUGUUCGUAUUCAGAAUGGAGCUUUGGCUGAAGCAAUAAGGUCAUGGAAAAGCAGUUUCGACAGAGAAUUCGAAGGAGUUGAAGAUUGCCCUAUUUGUUAUAGUGUCAUCCAUUCAGUCAACCAUAGCCUGCCUCGUCUUGCUUGCAAGACCUGCAAACAUAAAUUUCAUUCAGCCUGUCUUUACAAGUGGUUUUCAACGUCACAUAAGUCAACCUGCCCCUUGUGCCAAUCUCCCUUUUGAUUCACUAUAUUAGGACAGGAUUUUGAUGAUCUUAUCUAACGAUUUCAUUCCUACCUUGCUUCGAUGCCUUCUAUCACAAUCUCAUUCUAAAGGAACAAAGGCCAAUUUGUUCUCUGUUUGAAGAGCAAGGAGCUUCUGAAUUUGUAUUCUUGUUGUACUUUCCCCCCUCAGCGAGUAACCUCUUGACCCACAGGAUAUUGGGAUUUCUCCCAAGUAUUCAUCCCUUGAUCUUAUUCAGCAUUCUUCAUGGAACUCACAACCCCGACUACAGGAGGCCUUUCCCUGUCUCCCAUGUUAAAACUGUCAGUGUUGAUUCCAUGGAAAUCCUUUUUUUAUGCUGAAUGAGCUUGUUUGUUGUGUCGGCGCACUAUCUCACGCAAACAGCAGGAAAUGCUUAUCAGGUUCGGAUCACAUUGUACAUGGCGCAUAGUUUUGGCAUCUUGAAUGAUUAGACAAAAACAGAAUGCAUCAUACAUAUCCAAGGGUUUUGAUUUUAUUCUUCAUGUACCAUUUCAAUGUGUUUACAUCGUCUGUUGACUGUUAUUUUUGAAGGUGAUAUUUAUCCAUACUCAUUUUGUAAGAAAUAUGCCCUUAGCACUGACAUUGAAGUUUUGAUUUUGUGUAAUUAUAGCAAUUUGGCACACAUACUUUAUGUACAAUUGAAGUUAUUUCAUAGAUAAAAUAUCUUUUAUGUAUUA